AUGUCAGGCAAGGACGUCAAAGACCUCCUAGACCUCAUCGCCGCGUUCAAGUCCAACCUCCAACACAAACAGUUCUAUCAAGCUGAAAAGCUUGUUCAGAAAACAGCUCCAAUACUUCACAAAUUGGGUGCCUUUUCCCUAACAGAUUCAGUCGAUGAUAAACUCUUUUGCCUCGCACGUGAAGCCCUAGAAUUAUCCACCAUCACCUCACUGCGCCUUGGAGAGAAUGACCCAAAAAACCAAGUCCUUUUCACCACCGGCUACAAGCUACUGAAGCCAUUCUACGACAGAGAGCAAGCGCUGCAGAUGGCCAAAGACCCCGCGCUGCAGCGUCUAAAUCCAAGCGCCAGCCAGAGAAACAAGAUUACGGCUCUAUAUCUGGUGUAUUUGUUGAGCGAGGGCAAUAUAACAGAAUUUGAUACGGUUUUGGCGGGGCUAAGGGACGUGGAUGAGGAUAGCGUCAAAAAUGAUCCGUUACUUAAAUACCCGAUCGACUUAGCGGCUAGUAUGACGGACGGGAGGUAUAACGUGGCGUGGGAACAGCUGAAACACCAGACGAGAAACAAAAAGAAUUCGGGGGGUUUGUCGGGACAAGCAAAAUUGCCUGAGGAAUUUGAAAUAUUUUCUCCGGUCCUGCUAAGUACAAUCCGAAUGUGGAUGGCCGCCAGCGCUGAAAAGGCGUACGAAUCCCUCUCCAUAUCGAGCGCCAAAGAUGUUCUAAAACUAGAUUCUGAAGGAGAUGUCGUUGAAUUUGCUCAAGCUCGAGGUUGGGUUCUCAGGGAUGGGAGAAUAUAUUUCCCUCAAUCAGAAGUGGAACACGCACAAGGUUCGGAGACAAGUGUCUCACACGCCAGCCGCGCGAUUAUUGAGAAUGGCAUUGGCUAUGCUCAGCAGUUGGGGACGAUCGUGUAA